AAAGCUCUCUGGGAAAGAGAGUCCACUCGCUAAAUAAUUCAAGCCUGUUCUCUUCGCUGUGAACAAGAUGCCGGCCGUCCAUAAAUUGCUUUUAGAGGAGGCUUUGCAGGACAGUCCUCAGACUCGCUCCUUGCUCAGUGUGUUUGAGGAAGAUGCGGGAACACUCACAGACUACACCAACCAGCUGCUUCAGUCUAUGCAGAGGGUUUAUGGAGCCCAGAGUGAGAUGGGAUUGGCUACAGAACAGCUGUCCAGUCAGCUACUGGAAUAUGAGAAGCAAAAUUUUGCCCUUGGUAAAGGUGAUGAGGAGGUGAUCAGCACACUGCAGCAAUUUGCCAGAACUGUGGGGGAGCUGAACACACUACACUCAGAGCUGGCCUCUCAGAUGGCUGACAGAAUGAUUUUUCCCAUGAUCCAGUUCAGAGAGAAAGACCUUACAGAGAUAAGCACAUUAAGAGAAGUAUUUGGCAUUGCCUCUGAUGAGCACGAGGCUGCCAUGGUCAAGUACAGCAGACUGCCCAAGAAGAAGGAGAAUGAGAAGGUGAAGGCAGAGUUGGUGGGGGAGGUGGCCUACUCCAGGAGGAAGCAGCACCAGGCCUCCAUGCAGUAUUACUGUGCCCUCAAUGCCCUGCAGUACCGCAAGAGAGUAGCUAUGCUGGAGCCCAUGCUGGGAUACACACAGGCCCAGAUCCAUUUCUAUAAGAAAGGCAUGGAUCUAGUCUCAAAGAAAAUGGACAGCUUCCUGGUGUCAGUGUCUAGCAUGACACAAAGUAUCCAGGCUCAGUUGGACUCGGAGGCUGAGGCCAUGCGUCUGACCCAGCGAGAGCUGCUCUCCAUGGAGGAUACUGUGUACAUGCCUGACCGUGACCCCGUCCCAGUCAACCGCACGCUUAUACAGAAGGCAGGCUACCUCAAUAUCAGGAAUAAGACGGGCCUGGUGACAACCACCUGGGACCGCCUUUACUUCUUUACCCAGGGAGGGAACCUCAUGUGCCAGCCGCGAGGGGCUGUGGCAGGGGGUAUGGUGCUGGACCUGGAUAACAGCUCCGUCAUGGCCGUAGAGUGCGAAGACAGACGCUACUGUUUUCAGAUCACCUCCCCCUCCGGUAAAACGUCAAUGAUUCUACAGGCAGAGAGCAAAAAGGAAUAUGAGGAAUGGAUUUGCACUUUGAACAACAUUUCCCGACAAAUCUACCUGACAGACAACCCUGAGGCAGUGGCCAUCAGACUGAACCAGACAGCCAUCCAGGCGGUCACGCCCAUCACCAGCUUUGAGAGGAGAGGGGAGGGCUCGCCCAACCCAGACAGGGCUAAGCCAGGUGGGGUGCCGUCCUCUAGCAGUGCUCCAGAAGCAGAGGACCUUAUAGUUCCAGGGACACCCAUCCAGUUUGACAUCAUGCUGCCUGCCUCGGAGUUCCAGGACCAGAACAGGGUCGGAGGGAGGCGUACAAACCCAUUUGGAGAAACAGAUGACGACUGCUCCCCUGAAAGCGAUGACUCUCUGCUGCAGCAGGUGUUUGCGGUGCGGUUCCUGGGCUCCAUGGCGGUGCGUUCGGGACAAACCCAGGAAGUGAUCUAUGAGGCCAUGAGACAGGUGCUGGCGGCUCGAGCCAUCCACAACAUCUUCAGAACCACAGAGUCCCAUCUCAUGGUCACCAGCAGCUGUCUCAGGUUGAUUGACCCCCGGACACAAGUCACAAGAAUCAGUUUCCAGCUACAGGAGGUGACCCAGUUUGCGGCCCACCAGGAGAACGGCAGGCUGAUGGGCUUCGUGGUUGAGGGGCGAGACUGGAGCGAAGGGACCGAGGAGGGAGAGCCCUCCUUUAGUGCAUUUGUCUUCGAGAGCAACACGGAGGGAGAGAAGAUAUGUUACACUAUAAGUUUGGGGAAGGAUAUUAUAGAAGCAAAGAAGGACCCGGAGGCUCUAGCUCAGCUGAUGAAAAACAUGCCUCUGACCAACGAUGGCAAGUUCCUCCUGCUGGACAGUGAGACUGGUGACACGGCUAACGGAGGAGCACCGGAUGAGGAGGAGUCUGAGGCCUAGCCAUGCCUCAUAGUACCAGGGGAGAGAGUCAGAGGUCCUCCCACAAAACGCCUCCUCACGUGGUGUUGCGAUGUUCUCAUGAGCCCUUCCCCCUUGCUCUAGUCUGGUACAUGUUGACCAGGAAAACCCUCCUGGGUUUAUAUGGCGUCUCUCACUCAUGACCACUGAAGUGAUGUACAGUUUCUUAUACAAAAUGGACAAUGUUUAGGUUGACUAUUUUAUCCCUUUAUUUUCCCUGGUGGAAUUAAUAUCCUCAGCCAUCCUGUCAGUUUAAAUCCCUUUCUCCAGCAUGAAUAGGUUUACAUUUCCUAGCUUUGAGUUUAGUGGUACUUUUGUGUUAAUAAUGCUGCAGUAUAAUAUUGUGUAGAUGGCUGGCUAUGAUGACUUACAUGUAGGUCUUGUCAGCAGCACUUCAUAUGACAUUUAUACUGUACAUCUUUCAUUCCUACGAGACCAUAUUGCACUUCCAAGGUUUCUAUUUAAUCAAAGGCUUGAUGUCCCAGGCAGAAUGCACCGACUUCAGACAUUAUCCGGCAACAUUUAUGAAGUAAGGUUUUAAUCACAAUGAAGGACGGGGGAAGGUACUGUAUAGUCAGAAUUUUGGCGUACCAUGUCACGCUAAACUCCCAUUCCUUGUUGUCUGGGAGGCAGCGAUUAAAGAAUGAAGAACGUGUUAAUGCUCCAACCAUAUGUGUCUUCAAACAGUGGGCAUGGUGGCAUAGAAGCCUGUCUGGGAGUAUGAAUGAGUCAUGGUAGGGCAGAAACCAAAAUGCAGAAACCAUACUGCCAUACAGUAAGAUGAUAGGGUGAACAUUGUCUCGUCCAUUUCCUUAAUGCUAUUUUGUAUUUUAUAAACCACUACCUAUAGAAUCUGCUUGGAGCUUUAUUUACUUACUAGUCGGGCUUCGGAUGGUACUUGGUCUGUGAAAAUAUUUGUCAAUUAUUUUUUUAACAGCAUUUGCAAAGUAAAUAUGACAUAUGUCAAACAUUGAAGAUUGCAUAGAGGUCUGUUAUUUUCUGAAUCAGUAUAAUAUGAGUGAUAAAACGCAUGAAUUAUUUUAUGACGUGCUUCCAGUGGGAAGGUGUCUAGACUGUCUGCCUUUGGUACUGAAUCAGAUUCAGAUACAGAAUAUCUCCUGACUUGUUCCAUUAACCAAUUGCAAGUAAGCAGAAUGUCUACCAUUCACCAAUAGAGAAAUGCUAAACAAGACUAAGGCCUAGAUUCAAUCGGAUCAAGCGAUGGCAGACCGCUCCAUAGCGGAUGUUUUGGAGGGGGAACUGCGUUAGCUCCGUUGAAUCGGUGAGCAGAUGCUCUUGCUUGAUUCAUCUCGACCCGGGCACCUGUGUAGGCUUGUUUUUCACCGCCAGGGCAUGAGCCAGGUGCGCCAUUCAAAGCCGACGGCGAAGUUGGCUCAAAACAAAAGUGACAUAAUUAAGCACGUGGAGUAAUGAGUAGGAUUGUGUGUUUUCACCUGCAAAAGAAAACAACGAGUUUGAAAAUUCAAACAUUUUAUGGAAAAGGGAUGUAUGUUUCUGCCCUACCACGCACCCAUGCUGUUGAUAACAUGAUAGUGGUGCAGAUUACUGUUUGAUUUGAGAAGGACUCUCCCUCACUGCUUUUGCCCGUUUACGUCACGGGCCAUAGACCUGUGCCCUGCGGCUCAACAUUGACGAAUCCGGCCAUUGUCACAAAGCCACACCCGCCCCACUCGAUUUAGAACAAGAAAGUGUAGGCUAUAAAGAAAUAAUUACACCCAAAUUGAAAAUCAUUAAACUAAAUAAUGUGGAUUUCUAAUCAGCCUAAUAAACAAGGCUGUGUGUGAUUUAUUAAAUUAGACUGCGUGCAGCCAGUGGCAAUGUCCACUGCCAGGAGCCACUUAUGAAUUUGACAGCUCUAACAGGCGACACCAAAAACAACUGCUAUGUGGAUGUCGGCUAAAGCGGAUCUGAUUGAAUUGAACCUUAAGGGCUUGUAAACUCAGCAAAAAAAAAAAACCUCCCUGUCAACUGUUUAUUUUCAGCAAACUUAACAUGUGUAAAUAUUUGUAUGAACAUAAAGAUUCAACAGACAAACUGAACAAGUUCCACAGACAUGUGACUAACAAAUGGAAUAAUGUGUCCCUGAACAAAGGGGGGAGAUCAAAAUCAAAAGUAACAGUCAGUAUCUGGUGUGGCCACCAGCUGCAUUAAGUACUGCAGUGCAUCUCCUCAUGGACUGCAUCAGAUGUGCCAGUUCUUCCAUCAAGGCAACUGCAAGAUCCCCAGACAUUUCUGGGGGGAAUGGCCCUAGCCCUCAACCUCCGUUCCAACAGGUCCCAGAUGUGCUCAAUGGGAUUGAGAUCCGGGCUCGUCGUUAGCCGUGGCAGAACACUGACAUUCCUGUCUUGCAGGAAAUCGUGCACAGAACGAGCAGUAUGGCUGAUGGCAUUGUCAUGCUGGAGGGUCAUGUCAGGAUGAGCCUGCAGGAAGGGUACCACAUGAGUGAGGAGGUCUUCCCUGAAACACACAGCGUUGAGAUUGCCUGCUAUGACAGGCAUCUCAUAGUAAGACAUCGCAAUUUAUUGCCCUGGCCACAUCUGCAGUCCCCAUGCCUAAAGCACAUUCACGCAGAUAAGCAGGGACCCUGUGCAUCUUUCUUCUGGUGUUUUUCAGAGUCAGCAGAAAGGCCUCUUUUAGUGUCCUAAGUUUUCAUAACUGUGACUUUAAUUGCCUACCGUCUGUAAGCUGUUAGUGUCUUAACGACCGUUCCACGGGUGCAUGUUCAUUAAUUGUUUAUGGUUCAUUGAACAAGCAUGGGAAACACUGUUUACUCUUUACAAUGAAGUUAUUUAGAUUUUUACGAAUUCUUUGAAAGACAGGGUCCUGAAAAAGGGACGUUUCUUUUUUGUGCUGAGUUUAUUUCAACUAAACGUCAUGUAUGCGCCAUUUCUGAAUGGGAGAUGUUUUUAUUAUUAUUGUGGAAUAAUAAUGACAAUUGGUCAAAGCUUGACUCUGCGUGGACCGAAAGGUCAUUCAGUGUUGACCAAGGUGUUUACUUGCAUGCUGAGUUGGCAGCUUUAAAACAGCUUAUACUGUGUGUUAUUCUUAGUCUGUCAUUAUCAGGCCGAACUCCAUUCCCUCCUUUUCCCUCAAGGGCUCUCGUGACAUUCUGUUUUAAAUGGCUGUGUCUAGACAGACGGUUUUGCAUUCCUGCAUUGUUUACUCCUUAAAACAUGAAGGAGAUAGUUGAGGGGCGAAUCCUUACUUCCACUUAAGUUUUUUUUAUUCAUGUCAAUGGGAGACUAAGUGAAAAUUUGACUUAAAUGGAAGUUACGAUUCAACCCUAGAGAGGAUCAAUCUUCUGUAAUCCUCCUUAGUGUCUGCCCUUCAUAUUGCUCAAACAUCCUUGUGUUCCUUCUGCUUUAAGUAAAAUGCACAGUCAGGGAAGGUAUAUACAAGCGAUCUGAAUCAAGUUCAAUGCUCUCUUUUGCAAAUGACCUUUGGUUGUAUAUGACAGUGCUCCCCCCCACAACUUUACAUUCAUUGUUUGACCUAUAGUUUUCCAAAAAUGUUAACAUGUUAUCUUUUAAUAAAUACAAGUGACAUUUUA